AACUCCGUCAGCAGAAUGUCCUCAGAUCCUGUAACAAGGUUAUGUAGCCGUCCCCGUAAGAGGGCGGCAAGUUGUUUAUCGGUGCCAGAAGUGGAGUUCAUAGGACCAUUGCGGGUAUCCCCAGCAGUGCCACCAGCAGCACCACCACCAUCAGAGUUACAGGUCGCCUUGGGGAUAGUGAACACGCACGAUGGAAAGGAACAGGAAGGUGCCGAUAAAAGUUAUGAGGUCUGCCUCGGACAGUCAUCGUCGUUAUCAGAGAAGAGCGCCGCCGCCCUCUGGUUUCUGUGGCACCUUGGCUUCUGUCACCUUGUGUGUUGCUUCUGUACCAAUCGUAUCAGAAUGGCCAAAAAUACCUUAAGUUCAGAGUUUCGUAAUAUUGAUGUGGACCAGUAUAAUGAAGAUAAUUAUAAGGAUGAUGAUGGAGAACCACAAAGCCCCCCAAUUGGAGUAGAAGAAGCCACUGUUGUUUCCAGCAUUAAUUCAGGUAACCAUGCUGAUGCCCUGAAGCUCUUACUCACAAAUGCUCCUGUGGCUUCCAAAGGAAAGAAUGAACAAGCUAAGGACAUGGCACUGAAUCUGGUCUUGAAGGUGCUUCUGUCGGUCAGCAAAUCACAGAUGGAUCAAAUAAUUGCAUCACUCGACAAGACACAGCUGGAUGUGCUCAUGAAAUACAUUUACCGAGGGUUUGAAAGGCCAUCAGAAGGAUCAUCAGCCAUUUUACUCAUUUGGCAUGAAAAAGUGUACAAUGUUGGUGGUGUUGGGUGUAUUGUAAGGGUGCUCACUGAUCGAAAAAGAGUCUGAAAUUAAGAUGGUUUAUGUAUUUGUAAUGCUGAAGUGUUUAAGAUUUUGUUGUGUUUUACAUCACAGGGCUGAUAGCUGCAUGUCACGUACAAAGACAGUCAUUCCACACUCAUUGGUUAAUAUCAUUGGCUUUUAUUUAAUCAGACUGUACACUGAAAGUUUUAUAAAUAAAAUUUAUGCAAUUAGUA